GUCUAGACUUGCAUUGUAUGAAAACUUCGACAACAACCAGCAUGUUCGGAGCUGGUCGAGGGGUGUGCUCAGUCCUUGAAUAAUCCUACCAAAUCGUAUCAUACACUCUGCCCAAUUCCUCACAACCACCCAAUGUCCUUCCGGGUUUCGCGUCUCCUCUCAUUAAUAUUCUCGAAAUGACGCCUCCAAGCUCACCAAUUGGGGAUAUGAAAGUUAGGAAACUGCCUGCGAUUGGCCCCAAAGAUCCAUUUGUCAACGUGGUCAAAGUAUUAUCGAACUAUAUGGUCGACGAGAUCGCAUUGCCUUCAACUUUCGAACAACUACGAACGACCUCUGCUGGAAACAAGAUUCGAAUACUCGUGGACCAUCUCGUUCUGAAUGUCACAAAUCCUUGCUUGAUCAACGCUUUACUAACCUUGAAAUGGCACUUCUCUACUUUGGCCGAGGACGACCGUGGAGUCAACGACACAAGGGCGAACGCAUGCGAGAUAGUCUCAUGGCGAUUCUUGGCUCGGAUAUCAGAACGAGACGCGAUGGACUUUUGUCUCUUCGAAUUACCACAGAUUCGGGAGGUGGAAGCAUGCGCCAAUGCAGAUGCGAAUGAACGGACAAGCCUUCUGCCACAAUUUCGACCGAAUACACCUAUGACACCUACAAGACCGGGAAGUAAGAGGGUGGAACUGCUCCGAUCAGUCUCGAAUAUUGGCAUCCCCGCUGAAGAGCAAAACCAAGAUGAGGAUGAAGGAGAUCCAACUUCGGCCUUUACUGGACUUAAUGGUCUAGAGAUUGCUGCUGUGGCAGAUUGCAAGAAGUUCCUCAGUCAGAAGGUUGUACAGAAGAUUGUUCAUGGAAUAUGGAGAGGCGACAUCACAUUCUGGCAGGACUUGGGAGCACACACGACGAAGAAGCCACAGUUUUAUAACCAGAGGCACUCGGACUACUUUACACGAUUGAGAGUCCCAUUGUACCAAAAGACUUUCGAAGUUCUCUUCUUUGCAACAUUUCUGUUCCUCUACUACGCGGUACUCGUGGAGCGAAAUCCAUAUCAUAUCACUCCUCUUGAAGCCGUUCUUUACAUCUGGUUCGCGGCCUUUGCCUACGAUGAGCUCAGCGAAUUCAUCGAUGCUGGGUCCAUCUUCUACGCUGUCGACAUAUGGAACGGCGCUGAUCUCAUCAUUAUUUUGAUUGGGGUCGCCUUUUUGAUCACUCGAGCUAUUGGUCUCAUUAAAGACGACGGACAGAUAAUCGACCAUGCAUUCGACAUUUUAUCUUUGGAGGCUCUCUUCAUGGUACCACGUAUUUGCUCGCUCUUGAGCUUGCAUCCCUAUUUUGGCACUCUGAUUCCUUGUUUAAAAGAGAUGGCAAAGGAUUUCGUCAAGUUCAUGGUCGUUGUGGCUGUCCUAUAUGUUGGCUUUCUUACGACAUUCACCCUUCUGGCUCGGGAUUCAUUCAGCUUGGGUGAUAUGAGUUGGAUACUGAUCAAAGUCUUUUUCGGCUCCAGCUAUCUAGGAUUUGAUAUCAUGAGGGACAUCAAUCCGUUACUUGGUCCCCCAUUGAUGCUGGUAUUUGUCUGUAUGACAAACAUUCUGCUGAUCACAUCAUUGAUCAGUAUUCUGAGUGAUAGCUUUUCGAAAGUCAUUGCUCAUGCUAGGGAGGAAUAUUUGUUUGUCUAUUCAGUGUACGUUUUGGAAGCCUCAACCAGCAAUAGACUAACCCACUUCUACCCGCCAUUCAACCUUAUACCACUAAUUCUCAUUCGACCUCUUCGGCUUUUCAUGCCCGCUGACAAGUUGAGAACGACCCGGAUAUUCCUUCUCAAAGCUACUCAUCUACCGAUUAUUGGAGCGAUAUGGGUAUUCGAAACCGCUUACGAGAGUAUCAAAGGACAUACUCCUAUGUUUGCAACUAUGGGUCCGGCCUCUGAGCAGUUAACCAGCGAGAGCACCAUUCCCUCAAAGAAACCUCGACCAUUCCUAUCGAAUCGAGCAUCAGCGAAUACAGCUUCUCAGCACUUUCCAGAACCACGGAAUGAUGAUGGACCCGCCUCAUGCUGUCAGGACCCCUUUGAUGACCCAGUGAAAGGCAAGAAGGAGGGCGAGAGAGCAGUUUCACUGCCAGUAGAUAACCCUGAGCUCAAUGGGCUAAAGGCUCAGGUUGAGGAUCUGAGCAGCAAGAUUGCAGAGUUGACGGCCUUGAUCAUGGCGCAGCAGGGGACGGAAGGUCAGGAAUGAGAUGCUCUUUACGAAGAUUGCAUGUUUAGCAGUGUGCUGCAAUUGUAGAUAUGUACAUAUGGGUCGAGCAUUGGACAGGUUGUUCCAGGCGUUGGUUAAGUUAGCAUUGAUGAGGAAUUGCAAAAGUCUUGAUUUUGGGUUAGACCAGAAAUUAUAUACCAG